AUGAAUGCACAUACGUUAACUGUUCAUUGGCAUGACGAGAACCAGCCUGUGUAUUCUGUGCACUUUCAGCCCAAUAAUUUCAGCUCCAGCGACUCCACAAGGUCUGCACGUUUAGUAACCACUGGCGGUGACAACAACAUUAGAGUAUGGGAAUUAGAACACGAUGUCAAAGGUAGUAGUAAAUCUGAAGCACCUGUUUCCAUCAGAUACUUGAGUACUCUCAAGAAACACACUCAAGCAGUAAACGUUGCUAGAUUCAAUGUUAAUGGCGACAAGAUAGCCAGCGCAGGAGAUGAUGGGUCGCUUAUUCUAUGGUCAUUACUGGAAGAAAUCAUUAAGGAGUUCGGCGACAAGGAUGAUGAUAUGUUAGUGGAAAGCUGGAAAGCAGAUAAGGUCCUUAGAUCUUCUACUUCUGAGAUCUACGAUUUGGCAUGGUCUCCAGAUUCAAGAUACAUAAUCACUGGCUCAAUGGAUAACAUUGCACGCAUAUAUAAUGUUUCAAGUGGGGAAUUGGUUUAUAGUCUCUCGAAUCAUAGUCAUUAUGUUCAAGGAGUAUGUUGGGAUCCUCGGAACGAGUAUUUUGCCACCCAAGCAGCAGAUAGAUCAGUCAUAAUCUAUAAGGUUGAUCAUGUGAAUAACGCGUUCACACCUCUUGUAUAUAACCGGGUUAUAAGAUGGGACAUCCCUACUGAUAAGGAUCUGCUGAUUAUGAGGACAUGUUAUUUAUAUCACCCGGAGACGUUGCAGUCGUUCUUUCGAAGGUUAACGUUUUCUCCUGAUGGCAGUUUGUUGUUGACACCUCUGGGGUUUUAUAAAGCCACCACCAAUGAUCAGGAGGAAGCCACCACCAAUACCAUCUUCAUUUACACCCGAGCAGGCUUCAAGAAGGGGCCAGUGUGCCACAUUCCAGGGUUAAAGAAACCUGCUACAGUCAUACGAUUCUCUCCCAAGAUAUAUGAGCUACAAUCUGGUGAUGAUGGUCAUACUACAAUGCCGUUCAAAUUACCGUAUAGGAUGGUGUUUGCAGUUGCUACACAUGAUUCUAUUGUCAUAUAUAACACUGAGGACAUGAAACCCAUGGGCCAUGUCACCAACUUGCAUUACUCCAAUAUAACUGAUUGUACGUGGGACUUGAAUGGGGAAACGUUGGUCAUAAGCAGUGCUGAUGGGUUUUGUUCGGUGGUAAAUUUCAAUGAGGGAGUCUUUGGGAAGAUCCUUUAUGAUGUAAAUAUAGAGCCUGAGUUUUGGAAGCAAUAUGAGACAAAGAAGGAAGAAGAGACAGGGCCAAUUAAAAAGAGUCCGUCCAAGAAGACGAAGCAAGAAAGUCCGGCUUUGUCGAAGAAAGAAAGUGUCGUGCCGUCAAAGAAGAUGUCUAUUUUGGACAAGUUCAUAGCGAAGCCACUCAGCAUAGACAUGUUUACUGCUUCUUUUAAGGAGAGUAAAGAGACGGUCACAGACACAGUCACAGAUACUAAGACAGUCACAGACGCUAAGUCAGAUAAGUCAGAAUCUAUUACAGAGUCAUCUUCCAAUAAGAAAAAGAGACGGAUUACUCCUACUUUACUCACAACUACAAGUCUGGUUCCCCCAUAG